CCAAAAGAACCAAAUUUGUCUUCAAAAAAACUCGUAGCAGCUGGAAUCAGUGCCUGCCUAGGAGUCAGGGUUUUACUUGCAGAAGAAUGCGCUAAACUGCCCGGUCAUCCGUUGGUAAAGAAAUUGACAAUUCCUGAUUUAUUUCACUUUACAAAUCCUUCCUUGAUGAGCGUCAGCAGAAGAGAUCAUGGUGCUGGAGUUGAAGAAAUCGAUGUCCUUUUAAAGAGUACUGGCGGCUCAACAGAUAUAUUGGGUAUCUCGAGCGAUGCCACAGUGUCCGAUUUGCGUCGACUAAUAGCCCUAAAUGCCCAUCUUCCCGAGGAUUAUCUGCAAUUGAUUCACAGAUCAUGUCGAAUUGAAGAUGAGAAUCCUAUCGGCCAAGAAGGAAUCGGACAUGGCUCAGUUGUCCACGUGCAUUCUUUUGGAGAAGCCGCAAGGGCGGUAGUGUAUGAAAUGGACGAAUCGCUUCUUGACCGGCGGUUUAAUUAUGAUUUCACCAAGCUGGAUGAUGGUGACACUGAAUUCAUCAGAGGCGGACAUCCAUAUCAGCGUCCAUGCGGGUUUUUUAGGCAUGGGAUCAAAGUUAAGGGUCAAUACGAAGAUGAUAUCUGGCUCGGAGAUCUAGGACAUCGAACACACUCUACACCUAACGAAUGGCCUGUAAGCUACCAUGGUUCAAAGAUGACGAACAGCAAUAUCCCUUUCGGAAACAGUGGUGCAUCGUCAUCUACUAAUGGUGUAGAGGGCGUCCUCACCACUCCAUCUCUCGACAUUAUUGCUGACAAAUUUGCAGAAAACUUUCUCUUCGAAGGUAACACAUAUCAAAUAGCUCUGCAGAAUCGGAUCAACCCAGAUGAAGUUAAUGGUCACAUGGUUGUAAUACCCGGAGAUGUUGAGCCUCCUAUUGAUUAUUGGUUGUCACCUAAACAAGACCCAUCAAAAUGUACGAAUGACGUCAGACCAUACGGUAUUCUUAUUCGCAUGGUGGUCGAAGAGUGA